CGAGCGACAUCGUUUUCUGCAGCCGACCUGAAGUUAAAGAAGCGCCAAGAAAUCGAUCGGCAUGGAUGCUGUGGAGCGCAUAAUUGAAUUAUUCAGGACUCAAGUGACAGAGCGCGGCCCAGGCGAUCCGGCGAACUGACCCCCUGCUUGCUGCCAUCGGGGCCUAGACUGGUUGGUGGCGUGGCCCAGACAUGCAGCGAUCUUUCCCCAAUGGGCUCAACCGAGUACAUUAGUACAUUGGCGCGUCCUCAGGAAAUGUACAUAAUGAUGAUCCUUCGCACUCUCCUAACUUAGUCCCGAGAUGAAGGUUUCCAAUUAUUUCCCGUACUAACGGGUCCGACAGAGGAAAUCUUGAAAUCUUGUGGGGCCCUUGUUCAUUAGUGCUGAGGGGUUCACCCCGCUGGCUUCAUCAGAGAUUCGACACUUGGCCCUAGCGCUGCUAACGAAAUGGGGACCGCUGGCCCAUAUAUACCGUCGCCCACCUCGCCCACCUGGCCUGGUGCCACCAUUGUCAUAUAUCCCGUCCCUGGAGCCCCAGACCUCAAAUUCGAAAGUGCAACAUGCGGUCACAGAUCCUAGAAACCAUUGCUGCCCUGGAUGCAGUGAAGCCCGAGGCAUUUGGCGGAAACGAAGUGGAACGCUUACAAGUGCGCGCUGCAGCACGUCGUCUGCUUGCCCGAUUGGAAACACCCUAUGAGCGCGCCUGGGGCUUCUGCUUUGAACACCCGGUUGUCUUUGCCGCUCUGCAAAUCUGCAUUAAUGUGGGUCUUUGGAAAUCCUGGACAGGUGCUGGAGGGGGUGAGAAGUCUAUCCACGAGUUGGUAGAGUUCACCACGCCCACCGUUAAUACAAACCUCCUACGUCGGCUCUUCCGCUUGCUAGCAGCUUUCUAUGUGGUUGAGGAAACGGCGGAAGACAAAUUCAAGCCGACUGCGUUCUCGUACGCCAUUGGCGACGAGAGCACCAAGGUUCGCGCCUCGCUUCAAGCAGCGACAUAUCAAUACAUUGCGGCUGGCCAUAACUUGCCGGCCUAUCUGGCCAAGAUCUCUUAUACGGAGCCUACGGACGUUAACGAUAAUAAUUACACCGACACUGAUCCCGACGGCCUUAACUUCUUUGGGCGAUUGCAGAAAAGCCCCGCGUAUUUUGAAGCUUUCACCGGCCAUAUGGAGGCUUGGACGGCAUGGAAGACCCCAUGGACUAAGGUUUACGAUACAACCACCUUGCUCGAUGGUGCCAAACUGGAUGACGCUUCUCCAUUCGUGGUUGAUCUUGGCGGAAACACCGGGACGGACAUCUCCUACGUCCUUGCUAAGCACCCCGACAUCCCUGCUGGAUCGCUGGUUUUGCAGGAUCUUCCCGAGGUGAUUGCCAAUGUUCAGCUUGAUAAGAAGAUCACAGCUAUGGUUCAUGACUUUUUCUUACCCCAGCCUGUGAAAGGGAGCCGUGCUUACUAUCUGCACGCCGUUCUCCAUGACUGGCCAGACGACAAAGCGAAGCAACUGCUCGUGAACAUCAAAAACGCGAUGGUAAAGGGCUACUCCAAGCUCCUCAUCUACGACAUCGUUCUUCCGCCGAUAGGAGCAAGCAUCAGCCAAACCACAAUGGACGUGGAGAUGAUGUCGUUAUUGUCAGCUUCCGAACGGACGCAAGAUGCAUGGGAGAAGCUGUUAACCGAUGCUGGCUUCAAAAUUAUCAACUUCUGGCCUGACCCUCAGGAGUAUGAGAUGAUCAUCGAAGCCGAGAUCGCGUAGAUUUCAUAAUCCACUGCACUUGAAAGUACAAGGAGAGGACCGACGGAGAUGAACACACUAAGAGAGAGAGAAAGACUGAUAUGUCAGAUCGAGUUGAAUGAUAAUACCUAAUUUAUUCUCCCGUCCAUAUAGUGCAUCGAUCUCAAGUCAAGAGCUUUUAUGCCGGGGGACUGCAUAGCCAUGUAAUGUACGCACUAGGACCGUAAUAUUAUGGCAUAUCAGCACAACCUGCCACAUAUCUUUAGGGUUUCGCACUGUUCUGGUGUGCUUGGUAUGACCGAGCCGGCCAGCGGCAGAGUAAUUCGACAUCAGGAGGUCUGGAAUGGACGAUAACUGCUACAUUAUGGGCUGGCCGAAGGUGUUAAAUAGAUCUUGUAUUGCAUCUGC